CGGAUGAUCGCCUCGACCUUGACGUGGCGAGGUAGGCUGGGGCGUUGGCACUGGCUCCCUUGGCGAUCGGUCAUGCGUGCCUCGUUCAUGGGUGGCGAGCGCUGGAUGGUAACAGUGUUUCUGUACCUGUCCUGGAUGGGACCACUGCGGACCGCGCGGCCGGACAUGCCGCGGCGUCCAACCAGCCCGACAGACAACCCGUUCCAACCGUUCAUCUUCGUACCCUCGCUCACACCGAUCGACCUCGAUUCCAAGCCGUACGAGCUGUGGACGCUCACGACCAACUGCGGGUCGGACUACAUUAUUUCAUACAGGAGGAUUGCCACCUCGUCGCGGUUUAGCCCUGGCGAAAACUACUACAACGCUCUGUGUGUGCGCACAAGGUCGAAUGGGACGCUGUAUGCGAUCAACUUCACGACCACGCCGCUCGAAACGUCCAUCUUGAACGACCGCUUGGGCAAUCCCCCCGUAGAGUACCUCGAAGAUCUGCCCGCAAACGCCACGACCAACAUCUAUCAGAACCUCGGGUUCGUCGCCAUGUCGAACGACCUCAGCAUCAACUCGUACUUUGGCGUGAGCCAAGCCGCGACCUUAAAUCUCAAGAACAACUCGCUUGUCGACAUCUCCAACACGAUUCUCCCGAGGGGGCUCAAGACCUUCAUUGUCGACGAAAACCGCCUCGUAGCCUUUUCAAACUUGACCGCUCCAGCCCUGACCACGCUAUCGUUGAAGUCGAAUCGCAUCACUCAACUCCCGUCGCUGGCCAACCAUGCUUCCCUCGCCCGCCUUGACAUUGACUCGAACCACCUCACUACCCUCUCCGAUGUUGGCUGGAACAACACCCCCAGCCUCUCCUUCCUGUCCGCCUCACACAACCAGAUUGCAGAAUGGCCGGCAACGUGGCCGGCUUCGCUCAUUGAAUUGAAUCUGCAGCAUAAUCGACUGACCACCGUGAUGGCGAACUUUCCCGCAACGCUAAGGACGCUGUGCCUCGAAGGCAACCCCAUCCGCUCGUUCUCAGCGUCUCCGUCCCAGUUUUCUCUCCUUGUCGGACUCGCCAACAUGACUUGCCGACCGCCCACAACCACGCCAGCCUUGCCUGUGUCGGCGGUGCUACCUCUCGGAGAGCCAUGGGCGCCGAACUGUUCUGCCGGCGUCGCCGUGCAACUUCUUUGGGACAAGUACCCCGUGUGUAUCAUUGUCGAGACGACGCUGCCGACGGAAGGACUGUCGUCCAUAGCGAUCGCAAUGAUCCUUGUGGCUACGUUCGUGGUCGUGCUGGCCGUUGGGUGCUGGAUCCGCCAGCGACGUGCACUGAAGAAGGCCAAGAACCAGCGGUGGUUUGAAGAGAUCGACAACAACUACUACGGCCUCGUUGAUGCAGGCAAACUCGUGCACGACAUCCGGUUCGACCCGUCGCUCGCGGGGUUUUUUGUCCCGGCGCACUGCAUUGAGCGCCAUGACCUUCUCGCGCGUGGGGGAUACGGCAUGGUGCAUCUCGCAACUGUCACAAAGAUGUCGCCAUCCUUGGCCCCAACGACGACGACUGUCGCGAUGAAGCGAAUGCUGCCGGAGAAGGCGGCGAAUGCGCAGUGCGUGGAAGACUUCAUGGAAGAAAUCCGGCUGUGUUCGCGCUUGCAUCACAAGAACAUUGUUCAGUUUGUCGGGUUUGCUUGGACAACGCUGCAAAACCUGAGCUCUCUCACAGAGUUCAUGGAGCACGGCGACCUGUGGACCUUCCUCACGCGGGACACUGGGUUCGCGUGGCAUGUCGAUUCAUCAUCGGCCGCACCGUUCAAGCCUGGCCCUCCUCGCCACAAACUACUGCAUGGAUUUGCACCGCCGUCCAUGGGGAGCAACCAAAGUCUUACCAGCACCGAGCCGACCGACGUCGACAGUGGCGUGAUCGACACUGACCACGACAUUUUGAUCCUGGAAGCGCCGACCCCCGUCUCGAAGCUGUCCGUGUUGUGUGAUGUCGUCGAGGGCCUUACCUACCUCCACUCGAUCGCACCGCCCAUCAUCCAUCGCGACCUCAAGGCGAAGAACGUCCUGUUGGAUGCCGACUACACGGCAAAGUUGACGGACUUUGGGGUGUCGCGCGAGACGUGCGACAUGACGAUGACAGCGGAAGUCGGCACCGUCGCAUGGAUUGCGCCAGAGGUGCUCAAGGGGGUACGUCAUUUCCUUCGGAUGUGUUGUGCAUCCAUCGUCUCCCCACAGCCCGAAGGGUGGGAGAUCACUCUGACGUUUGUGGGUGCAUGAUGCGUAGGUUUACUACUCGGAAAAGGCCGAUGUGUACUCGCUUGGCGUGCUCAUGGCGGAAUUGGACACGGCGGAAGUGCCCUACUCGAACUUGGACUUUGUUUACUCGUGCCGAGACUUGAUAGACGUGAAUGUGGUGCGCACCCGGCUCGCGAUGCUGGUCGUGGCGGGAGACAUCCGACCGGCGUUUACGAAGGAGUGCCCGCCCUGUUUGAUGGACCUGGCGAUCCAGUGCUUAAGCUACCACCCCGAAGACCGUCCCCGCAUUCAGGACAUCCAUGCGUACCUUCAACAACUCAAGGUGCAGCAAGGCCACUACCUCCAACGACCUCAUGCGGCGUCGACAUCGACCUACGUGAUGUCGUCGUCGGCGGGCAUGAACAGCUCCAGGUCGUUCCACCACACAGGCAAUAUCGGGAUGACCACAACAUCGUCGGACGGGCCGGCGCGAGUCGACCUGUAGCUUCUCCUUAAUGUGUCCUGUUUGACUUAUAAACCUAUGACGUUUCUGAA